GCUGAUUGCCUGAUACGGUUACAUGGAACAUCUGGAAUUGCACCCAACGGAUGAGGAUAAGGAUCUAGCUCGUCACUAACAUCCGCACUCAGCUUCCUCCGCCAUCCUCCUUCGCAAUUCGGUGUAAUUCAUCUCCAAAUUAACACCCCAAAACACCUUCCAACCAUUGCCUCCAAACCCCCCCCAUCCCAUCGCCACCUUUAAAUACCAACCAAAACUCUUCCCCCUCCAUCCCUCCACAUUGAUCCCAUCCCUAUUCCAUGGCGACCAACAGCGAAGCCACCACCCUGCUUCCGGCCAUCAACACCCCAAACGGCAACCCGAUGCCGUCAAAAGACCAUCUUUGCCACGACGAUAGCACCCCUGUCGUCAAAGCUCAAACCAUCGACGAGCUCCACUCACUUCAAAAGAAGAGAUCCGUUCCAACCACACCAACCAGCCAUCACCCUGACGAAUUCCAAAAGCUCCAUCUCCAAUCCAUUAGCGCUUCCCUCGCUUCCCUAACCCGCGAGACAGGACCCAAACUCAAGUCCGUAAAGCAACAAAUCGACUACCUCAGCCCCACUGCAUCCCUCACCACCAGCGAUUGCUCCCUCAAAUUCACCCACAUACUCCACAAUCUCUCCCCGGCCGAGCUCUACGAACAUGCCAUUAAGCACGAGAAAGGCUCUUUCAUAACCUCCAGCGGCGCCAUCACCACCCUCUCCGGAGCAAAGACGGGCCGCUCGCCGAAAGACAAGAGAGUGGUGAAGGACGAAACCACCGCCGCCGAGCUCUGGUGGGGCAAUGGCUCCCCGAACAUCGAAAUGGACGAGCAUGCUUUCCUCGUCAAUCGCGAGAGAGCUCUCGACUAUCUUAAUUCAAUCGAAAACGUCUUCGUCAACGACCAAUUCCUCAAUUGGGACACCGAAAAUCGCAUCAAAGUCCGGAUCGUCUCCGCCCGCGCUUACCACUCGCUCUUCAUGCACAACAUGUGCAUCCGGCCGACACGAGAACAAAUCCUGGAUUUCGGCGCUCCGGAUUUCACCAUCUAUAACGCCGGCCAGUUCCCCUGCAACCGCUACACGAACUACAUGACUUCCUCCACCAGCGUAAACCUCAAUCUUUCCCGGCGAGAAAUGGUCAUCCUCGGCACACAAUACGCCGGCGAGAUGAAAAAAGGUCUUUUUAGCCUGAUGCACUAUCUGAUGCCUCAAAGGGGCAUCCUUUCCCUUCACUCCGGAUGCAACAUGGGAAGACAUGGCGACGUCGCCCUGUUCUUCGGCUUAUCCGGCACCGGCAAAACAACCCUCUCCACCGAUCCCGACCGCUUCCUCAUCGGAGACGACGAGCAUUGCUGGAGUGAAUCCGGCAUUUCCAACAUCGAAGGCGGUUGCUAUGCCAAAUGCCUCGAUCUUUCCCCCCAGAAAGAACCGGAUAUCUUCAACGCCAUUAAAUUCGGAACCGUGCUUGAAAACGUGGUUUUCGACGAGCACAGCCGUGAGGUCGAUUACGCCGAUAAAUCCGUCACGGAGAACACCCGCGCUUCCUACCCGAUCGACUUCAUCCCCAAUUCCAGAAUCCCCUGCAUCGGCCCCCACCCGAAGAACAUCAUCCUCCUCGCCUGCGACGCGUUCGGCGUCCUCCCUCCGGUCAGCAAACUGAAUCUCGCGCAAACCAUGUACCAUUUCAUCAGCGGCUACACCGCUCUGGUUGCCGGGACAGAGGACGGCAUCAAGGAGCCGCAAGCCACAUUCUCUGCUUGUUUCGGCGCGGCGUUCAUUAUGCUUCACCCGACCAAGUACGCGGCCAUGUUGGCGGACAAGAUGCGGAGAUACGGCGCUACGGGGUGGCUGGUCAAUACGGGGUGGUGCGGCGGUAGGUACGGGGUGGGAAGUCGGAUUAAGCUCGCGGACACUCGUCGGAUUAUCGAUGCGAUUCACGGGGGAAGGCUUCUGAAGGCGGAGUAUGGGAAGACGGAAGUGUUUGGGCUGGAGAUACCGGCGGCGGUGGAGGGAGUGCCGCCGGAGAUUCUGAAUCCAAUGAAUGCUUGGGAAGAUAAGGAGGCUUAUAGGGAGACGUUGGUGAAGCUGGCUGGUCUUUUUAAGAAGAACUUCGAGGUGUUUGAGGAUUGUUCUAUCAACGGAGAGUCGGAGCUGACCCGGGAGAUCUUUGCUGCGGGGCCCAUUGUUUAA